UGGACUAUUUCAGGAGUAAGUGGAUUAGUUGGUAAGUCGUGAGCGAGUCUGAAAUAGCUGCUUUCUUCACUCUUUGGCUUGACGUGAUGCAUCAUGCUAAGAGAGCAGCAGCAGUGGAGAUGAGGAUGUUCAGCCAGUCUUCAUGCAACAGCCAGCUCUGCUCAGCGAAAAAGAUUAUUCAUCUUAACAGAAGACUACUGAUAAAGUGACGUUUCCUCUCCACUAACCCCGAGAGAACGUGUGAUUGAGACCAGUAAUCAGAUCAGCUGAGCAUCCAAUGGAGCCAACUCAAAGUACAUUGGAUUUUCUCUAGCUGUUUUUGGACACUGCCAUGGCGGAGGGAGUAUCAUGGAUUUUGGUGAGGAAUGGCAAAAGGUUACAUUAUUUUAAUAAUCAAAUAAUUACACUGAUGUUCACACUGUGUGUGUUCCUCUACAGUCUGAUUUAAAUUUUGACAUUUUCUGAUGUUCACUGACUACAAAGUAUUUGGCAUCGUCAUGACAUGAACAAAUGGUUUUGCUAAUCUAAGUAGAUAUUCGUUUCAGAUCGAGUGUUAAAAUUGUGAAAGAGGUUAAACUAUUGUGUUUUUGCAGUGAGGGGUUCCAGUGUUCCCAGAGCGCACUACACAAUGGUUGGAGAGGCGCUGCGUUAUGUGAUCCCCUGUCAUAUGCAGUGCUCGAUGGGAUGUGGAGGACAAGCCUGCAAAUACGAGGACCCUUCGCACUGGAGUGAGGAGCAGCAGGCCAUCAGAGGAAUCUACUCUUCAUGGAUUACUGAUGACAUGCUUGCAAUGGCCCGUCCUUCCACUGAAACGAUUGAAAAAUUCAACAUUAUAGACCAGUUUCUGAGAUGUGGUUUGAAGACAAUUAUUAACCUCCAGUGCCCUGGUGAACAUGCUAGCUGUGGAAACCCGCUGGAUCCCGACAGUGGCUUUACUUACCGACCAGAGACCUUCAUGGAGGCUGGCAAUGGAUUGACUACGGCGUGGCGUCUCUCACAUCUAUCCUGGAUAUGGUGAAAGUCAUGUCUUUUGCCAUCCAAGAAGGCAAAAUGGCUGUUCACUGUCAUGCAGGGCUGGGCAGAACAGGUGUGCUUCUGGCCUGUUACUUGCUCUUCACCACACAGAUGACAGCAGAUCAAGCCAUUCUGUUAAUUCGAAACAAGCGACCAAACUCCAUCCAGACUCGAGGACAGCUCCAGUGCGUCAGACAGUUUGCUCAGUUCCUAGUCCCGCUAAGAAACCUGUUUGCCAACGCUGAGCCCAGAGCUCCAGCUGUUACUCUUUCCCAGUUCCUGAUCCGUCAGAAACACAUCCUGCACGGCCUGGAGGCUCGACAGUUGAGAUACAUGCCAAAGCUGGUCCCGCUUAUCUCCAGGCUCCUCCUGGACAUCGCGGAGAACCGUCAGGUUAUUGAGGAGGACAUCGUCGAGGUUCCUGACAUCACGCCGGUGGUGGAGAAAACAUUUAAUGAAAAUUCAAUACAUAGCUUUAACAGAGAGAUGCUGGCAAACGGGAUGGCUAUGAUCAAGCCACGUCUUCCAGGUCUACCCAAAACCAACAGAGACAACUCGCAGCCGCUUUACUACGUCCGUAAGAGCCUUAGCUACAGCGAUUCCGACCUGCGGAGGUUAGCAGAAUCUCUGAACCUCCCAGAUAACCCUCUGUGUGUGUUGGCCAGCAUGCAGUUGUCCUCUAUGAGCAAUCAGCUGGGGGCCUUUAGCUGUGUGUCCCAGAACAGUCCGGCUCCUCCGCUAGGAGCCUGUAAAGGCAAUCCCAUCUACAGCUCCAGCAGCAAUUUAUGGGAGCUGAAGACUCUGAUGGACCAGACAGAGGGAUCUCCGCUGCUCAAAAACAGGAGGCAGUCUUUCCUGCAGCGGAGCAGGUCUUUGGGCGUUUCAGAUGAGCAGAACACCAACAGCAUUGCCAGAAUAUUGUCCUUCUGGAAGAAGGACAGGAAAAAGAGUACCGACCAAGAAGAGACUGUAAUUACUGAGAAAGAGCAUUCAGAGGUGCCCUUCAUCACUGUCCAGUCAGAGCUGUCUCUGGAGUCCCGCCGCCUGCUUGUGGCUCAGUCUCUUGCAGUGGACCUAGAGAAGGAUGGAGAGAAGCAACAAACUCAAAAAGUGGCUGCUUGGCAGGCGGAUCUUAAUCGGCAGGGUGCGUGGGAGCGACUGUGUUUGGAAAAAGACCCCUUUAUUCUGACUGGAAUCCUGUGGUCGUGGCUGGAGCAGCUCAGAGAACCAAUCAUCUCAGCUGAUGAUGUCCACACGCUUACAGAGUCCCAUCAGGACCCCCAAACCAUCCUCAGCAGCCUGGACAGGGCUUCGAGGGAAACGGUGAUAUGCAUUCUGGACUGUUUCGCUCAUUUGUUCACAGUUCCUGAGGAGAUUGAGAGCGCAUUUCUGGAGCGAGCUACAAAGGCUUUCACAAAGGUGAAAAACGCAGAUGAUGGGAAGAGCGUUCAUGAAGUCAUGAAGAAGGUCUUGAAGCUGGUUCUGGAUCAUCUGAGGUUGAUCGCUAUGAAUGAGGUUGAGGUGUAGCAGGUUAAUCACAAACUAUAUUAACAGUAGUAAAAACGCACCACACACAUCUGCUUUCUCAGCUGAUUGAAAAGGGACAUUAAAUAUCUCAGGUCUUGAUUCAGAUAAAUGUUAUGCACAACUUAAUGUAGACUGAAUUACAAGGCUUUGUUGGGGUCAAAAGUUGAUUGUUUUGAAGGCAGAAAUCACACCGUUAAUGUAUUAUGUGCCAUGGUGCUAAUUCUUGAAAAGCAUUGCAACUGAAACCUCAUUUUUUUGUACCAUCUUUGUACAGUUAUUUGUAAUAAAAUAAUUAGAUACAC